AUGGAAGUUGAAGUUGACGCUCCUUUGACGGCAGAAACACAAAGUGAUGAAGAACAGGCCAUCACAGAACCAUAUCAAAACGAACCAAUUGCCGAUGCAGAAUGGGUUGCUAACUAUUACGAAGAGAGGCAAGAGCAAGAAGAUAGAUUGGAAAUGCUUAGGUGUCGCUUCGAAGGACAUGCAACUGUGGAAAGCUGGUGA